AUGGCUUCGAGAUCGAGAUCCAGAUCGCCUGGCGACCGCUAUCGCUCCCGAACCCGAUCGCCGACCCCGCGUUCCGACAGAGGUCGUUCUGCCUCACGUUCGCCAGUUCGCCGCCGGGACUACGAUUCGCGUUCGCCGUCGCGUUCCCAGUCGCCAGCCCCGCGACGCAACGGCAGAUACCGCAGCGAAAGUCGCAGCCGCAGCCGCGGACGCAGCCAGAGCCCUGUUGUCAGAAGCACCAAGAUUGUCGUCGAGCGCUUGACCAAGAACAUCAACGAGGGACAUCUUGAGGAGAUCUUCAGCCAAUUUGGUCCUAUCAAAGACCUUGAUCUGCCUAUCAAUAGAACAUACGGCACCAACAGAGGCACUGCCUAUAUUCUCUACGACCACGAGGCCGACGCCGAGGAGGCUAUUGCUCACAUGCACGAGGCUCAGAUUGAUGGCGCCGUUAUCAACGCUACGACCCCAGGCUUCCAGCUCCCGCUGGUCGAGGCAGCGGCAGGCAGUCGGGCGCACCUCAUGCCGGGGCCUCGGGUCCCGGAUCCUUUGGCCAGAACGGACCCCGUCGCGGUGCUUCGCCUCCACCGAAUCGUCGGGGGCCUAGAUCCGAUACCUACCGCCCGCGAUCCGUCUCUCGCUCCCCCUCGCGAUCUCCUGCGGGUGCACCUCCAUCUCGUGGUGGAGGCAGCAGGUACAGAAGCCGUUCGAGAUCUUACUCACGAUCUCGCUCGCCAGCCCCGAGACGCGGCGCAGGUGCGCGCGGAAAUGAGUACCGCAGAAGGAGCCCGAGUCGAGACAGCUACGACAGUUACGAAAGCCGUCGAACUCGCUCCCCCAGCCGUAGCCGUGACCGUGGCCCUCGAACCGGCGCUGGUGGAAGUGGUGGCGGUGGCGGCUUCCGGGGCUAUCGAUGAAUUCAACAGGGACGAUGAAAUGGAGAUACUCAGCAUGUUAUGGGCGGCAGAUUAUUUGUGA